GGCCGCAGAGAAUUUAUCGGAAAGAAAUCUUCUCUGACCAUCCUUCCUCAUCUCCAUUCCUCUAAAAUUUAAGAGAGAGAUUCUUUUGUAUCAUUUACAUAACCUAGAAAACAAAAAAAAACAAAAAACAAAAGUCUCUGUGUGUUCGGCGAGAUGGGAAACUGUGCCACCAAGCCAAAGGUUCUCAAAGACUCCGAGGAGGAUCUUGUUCCGCUUGAGAGAGAUACGGCGGCUCCGCCUGAAAAUAACAAGGGUUCGGCGGAAAAGAGCCAUAACAAUGCUCCGAACGCGGCGGAUGGAGCAGCUGCUGCGGCACGACGGAGCGAGAAAGGAAAAGAGAUUCUGGUUGAAGCUGUUGUGAAGGACGAACACAACAAACGCCAAUCUCUCAGUCCCUUGUUCCAUGAGGACAAGGUAAUAGGAAAAGAACUAAGCGGUGUAACGCCAAAACCUAAGACCAAUGACAAAACUGGUGCUUCUCCAGAGGUUUCAAAGCUUGAUGAUGCUUCUCCUUUGAUGGCUACUAAUGUAAAAGCUCCAGAAUCCUCUGACGUUCAAACUCGAAAUGAUCUUGAAGUCAAGAUUCCAAAAGAUUCCGAGGUUAAGACUCCUGAAACGCCUAAAGCUAAGGAAGCUGAAGAACAGGAAGGUCAUUUCUCAGAGAAUUGGGAGGUCAAGUUUCCAGAGGAAUUGGAACCUAACAAAACAUCUGAAGUUGUUAAGGUUGCUAAGGUUUCUGCUCCUAUAUUGUCUGACGUGAAGGUUACGAAAGAGUUAGAUGUUCCUGAGGUCUUGGAGGAUAAGAAUGUUGAAAAGGUUUCUGAGGUUCCGGCUCCACCUGUAUUGUCUGAGGUGAAGGUGACAAAAGAGACAAAUGUUCCUAAGGUCUUUGAGGAUAAGAAAGUUCCAGAAGAUCCUGAGGUUCGUGCUCCUCCUGCAUUGUCUGAUAUUAAGGUUACAAAAGAGUCAAAUGUUCCUGAGGUCUCGGAAGAUAAGAACGUUCUCAAGACUGAUGAAGUUAAAGCUGCAGAGUCAGAACUUCUAAAGGUUUCAGAAGUUAAAUCUUCAGAGGAUUUAGAGAUUAAAGUUCCAAAAGUUUUUGAAGUCAAAACUCCUGGAGAGGUUAAGACUGAUAAAGAAGCAUCUCAAGCUAAUAUUGCAGAAGAAACAGAGGUUCCAGAGUUUCUAGAUGCUCGAGAGAAGAUUGAUAAAGCGGAAGCUCAGAUUCUUGAGGACAUUAAAGUGACAGAAGAUAAAGAGAUUGUGAUGCAUAAAAAAGAAGAGGAAGAAAAAGGUUUGUCUAUUGAGAAGAAAGUCAAGGAGUCUACACCAUCUGGUUUAGAUAGCAAAUGAGUUACAAGAGAGACAGAGAGAAGGGUUUAGCAUAUUCUUAUCGGAAAUUUCAAUUUAUGUGUUUGAAACCUCCUUUGUUUUUUUUUUAUUUUAAAAAUAUUUUUUCUAAUUACGGGGAUCAUUAAU